UUCAACUUGACUAUAAAAGUACAGCUCAAAACACAUUUCUGCACUGUUUGCGAUAGAUCAAGAAAAAUGCGUGUGUUAAUACUGUUAGCUGUUCUUGGAGCCGCUUGUGCGGCCCCAAGAAAAUCAAACCGUAUCGUGGGUGGCCAAAACACCAAUAUUGAAAGAUAUCCUUUCAUGUCUGGUAUGUUAGAAAAUUCCUUCUGGGGAAUAAGGCAGAUGUGUGGUGGCACACUGAUAACCAACAGAGCUGUAGUCUCCGCUGCUCAUUGUUAUUCAGGUCUUUCGCCAUCCGCGUUGAGAGUGCGUUUGGGAUCAACUUACGCUUCGUCUGGCGGACAAGUCCAAGUGGUUUCUAGAAUCAUCAUGCAUCCACAGUAUAACUCACGCUUAAUUAUAAACGACGUCGCAGUAAUCAGACUUCAAAACUCUGUUUCAAUGUCUAAUCAAAUUCAAGUUGCACGAAUUGCUGGACCCCAGUACAACUUACCAGACAAUACACGUCUCGAUGUUAUUGGUUGGGGAGUGACAAGGUACCAAGGAAGACCUUCUGAAGUACUCCAGCACGUUUCCGUUAACGUCAUCAACCAAAGAAUUUGUGUGGAACGCUACGCACAGCUCCAAUCCUUACCCGGUAUGGGAUCCUGGCCAAGGGUAACUCCUGAGAUGAUGUGCGCUGGUAUUCUGGAUGUCGGUGGCAAGGACGCCUGCCAAGGAGACUCCGGCGGACCUGUUGUUCACAGCGGAAACGUACUUGUAGGAAUUACUUCCUGGGGAUACGAAUGCGCUCACCCAACUUAUCCGGGCGUUAAUGUACGUGUUUCAUCUUACGCCAACUGGAUCUCGGCCAACGCAGUUAACUAAUUUUAAGUUGAAAAAUAAUAAUUUCUAUAAAUUAUGAACUAAA